AGUACACUACUUUACUUAAACGAAACCACACCAAGAAUAUUAUUAACACAUAUGUAUAUAUAUGUCUAUACAUAUUAAGUUAUCGUGCCCGCUAUUUAUCAUGCCGUCCAGCUGUAAUUUGAUAUCUUUAUUUAUGAAAGUCAUGCUUACGAUUAGAUACAUACAAUGGAUGCAGAGUUGUAAAAUUGUGGAUUUUAGUUCCUUUACGAAACGCUAAGAUGAAUAUCUAAAUAAUUAUUUUGCGGUUUCAGUGUACCCGUACUUGUGUUCAUUCAUUUUUUUACAUUCGCAUGGUUUUUAUAUUACACAUGGUCUAAUGAAAUUAAGAAAAGAAAGUGAUUCAGAUAAAGAGGGUGAGAUAAUGGAUGGGGAAGAUGACUGUUUCAACAGUUAUUGCUCGCGAGCAAGCCAAAGAAGUAAUGGAGGAAGUACGGACUUCGGUGAAAUGUCAUUCAUGAUAGUAGAUUACUUAAAGGAAGCUAUGAAGGCAAUGGACAUGAUGCGGGCGCACCGAAUGCUAACCGAUGUAGUAUUAGAAGUAGGAAAGGAUCUAUUUUAUGCGCAUAAAGUUGUCCUGGCGGCUGCAAGCCCCUACUUCAAGGCCAUGUUCACGGGGGGUCUCAAAGAAUGUGAUAUGGAUAGAGUUAAAUUGCAGGGUGUUUCGGGUGCCUCAUUAUCUAGGCUAAUACAUUUUAUGUAUACUGGAAAAAUUAGGGUUUCUGAAAAUACCGUAUGUCAACUAUUGCCUGCUGCUACAAUGCUUCAGGUUCCUAAUGUCAUCCAAGCUUGUUGUGAUUUUUUAGAACGUCAAUUGGAUCCUAGUAAUGCCAUUGGUAUAGCAACUUUUGCCGAGCAGUACGGAUGUAUCGAUUUAUGUCGAAAGGCCAAUCAGUAUAUAGAACAAAAUUUUAGCCAGAUAUCCCACGAGGAAGAAUUCUUACAAUUAAGUACGCUUCAAGUAAUAAAUUUAAUAAAAAAAGAUGAAUUAAAUGUACAAGACGAAAAAGAAGUUUAUAAUGCAGUUUUAAAAUGGGUUAGGUACGACGAAGAGCAUAGACACAAAAAGAUGGAACUUAUUUUGAACGCUGUACGAUGCCAAUUUUUACCGCCGAAAUUUUUAAAUGACCAAAUGACAAAUUGCGAGGUUAUCAAGAAAACCCCAGCCUGUAAAGAAUAUUUAGCCAGAAUAUUUAAGGAUUUAACUUUGCAUGUACGAACUGGUGUGAAAGAACGAUGUCCGAAUAUUCCUCGAGUGAUAUAUGUGGCAGGAGGAUAUUUUCGACAAUCUCUUGAUAUCUUAGAAGGUUACAAUGUUGACGAAAAAGUAUGGUAUAAACUUUCCAGAUUAACAGUACCCCGGUCUGGUUUAGGAGGCGCUUUCUUAAAGGGAAAUUUUUAUGCAGUAGGGGGCAGAAACAAUAGUCCAGGCAAUAGUUAUGAUUCCGAUUGGGUAGAUAAAUAUAAUCCGAUAAAAGACCAUUGGAGACCCUGCUCACCUAUGUCUUCUCCAAGAAAUAGGGUCGGAGUUGCCGUAAUGGAUGGUCUUUUAUAUGCAGUGGGAGGAAGUGAAGGACUGAAGUAUCAUAGUAGUGUAGAAUGUUAUGAUCCAGAUACAGAUAGAUGGAUUAACGUUAAGCACAUGCAUUAUAAAAGAUUGGCAGUUGGUGUGGCGGUAGUUAAUAGAUUAUUGUAUGCCAUUGGGGGAUAUGACGGCGUCGAGAGGCAUAGAAGUGCUGAAUGUUACCAUCCAGAAAAUAACGAAUGGACAAUGAUAUCACCUAUGAACAUACCACGUAGUGGAGCAGGGGUAGCUGCUAUUAACCAAUUCAUUUUUGUAAUUGGUGGUUAUGAUGGGAAAAAUCAGCUGAAUUCCGUCGAAAGAUAUGAUACUGAACGUGAUGUAUGGGAGACGGUCUGUCCUAUGAAAGUUUCAAGAAGUGCUCUUAGUGUUACUGUUUUAGAUUGUAAAAUAUAUGCAUUGGGUGGUUACGACGGUACGAACUUCCUUACCAACGUUGAAAUUUACGACCCGGCUCGAGACGUGUGGGAAACUGGUGAACCUUUAACUUCAGGUCGUUCUGGUCACGCGAGUGCAGUUUGCUAUCAACCUUGUAUACCAGAUUCGUGUAUAAUAUUGACUCAAACAAAUCAGCAGUGUCCCUCUUCCUCUUCAAAAAGAUAGUAUAUUGCUUGACAAUACAAGUUUGAUAGAGAAAAAAAUGCAUUUUGUUGAAAAAGUGCAUCAAAAAAGUCCGAGUUAUUCUAUAGCGUAUAAUUACUUGAACAUAACACAGAGAAAAAGAAUGAAGAAAGCAGUUUGGAACACUAAGUUUUAUAUGAAGUAUAGUUCAGAGAAAUUAAAUAACAUAUAUGUCAAUACUCGGAUGUAGCAGUAUUGACCCCAAGUAUUAAGAACAGACGUAGUGCCGAAUACUAAUUUUAACACCAACUGAAAACUGCCUUUGGUACUAUCCUUAAACAAUAAACUUUUUCAGUUAGUACUACUUGAAUGUAAAUUUGUUGCCAAUUUUAAAAACUUACUAUCAAGGUACUUUAUCCACUUGUCUCCGUUUGGCAACAUCUUUUUUAUUUAUUUUCCUAGUCCGCAUUUAAUAGCUGCUUUGAACAGUACAAUUGAACUACUGCAACAAAUUUCUUAUCUUUCAUUUUUCUUUUAUUAUUAAAUGUAAUUAUGGUAAUGGUAUACUACAAUUUAUUUUCUUCGCAUCUUGUUUACUUCUUUCUUGGUACAUCAAACCAAGUGAUUCUUGUGAAAAAUUCUAAGACUAGUCUGUACAAGAGGAUGGAAAUUACAUUAGAUUUAGGAUUGAAUGUUUAGAGUGGAUGCAACAAAAAUCUUUCUCUUUCUUGAUCCUUUCCAUCCCUAAACGUUUUUAUAUCUCAAUUUUUUCUUGUUUCUUUUGAACUUUAGCAACACAUUUUUUAUGUCCCUCCCAGAUGACACAUUCAAUUAGUGACUACUUCAUUGACGGCUGCUGUGGAAGUAUGAUUGAACUACUUUAGCAAACUCUUCAUCCAGUAUGUUCUUGAUAUUUUUUCGGUUUUUCCCUUCAUUAAUAUGGUAAUUGUAAUGUUUCCUUCCUCCUUAGUAUGACAUAUUCGAUAUGUUGUAAGAUGAUGGGAUAUACAUUAGAUUGAAUGAUUCUCAUAUUUAAUUGAAUGCUAAGAGUGAAAGCAACAAAAAUCAUUCUUGAUCUUCUUCGUCUCAUAGUUUUUUCUAUUAGUAGUUUCUUUCUGUCUCUUUUGAACUUUAGCAUCACAUUUUUUAUUUCCUUUCAUAUUCCACAUUUACUUAGAGACUAUAUAAUUUUAUUGAAGGCUGUUAUGAAAGUACGAUUGAAUUACUUUAGCAAACUCUUCAUCCUCAUUUAUUUUUCCUUUCAUUAUUAUGAUGAUCGAAUUGCAAUUUAUUUUUUACUCCUGUUUAUUGUUUCCUUUCUUCUUAGUAUGACAUCAAAACUUUCGAUAUGAUGUAAGAUUAUAGAAAACAUUUGAUUGAACAAUUCCUAUAUUUAAUUAAAUGUUAUGCUUUGAGAUAUGUUUGUGCUUUUCUCAAUACUGUAUUUAUUAUUUCCCCUUCGUAAAUCUAUUGCUGUGAAUUUUUCCUGAAACAUUCGUAUUAAGUUGGUGAAUCUUUCUAGAUAAAACUACGAUGAAAUGGUUAUAGGGUUCAAAUUUUAGGAAGCCUAGGCUGUAAUGAAGUAAUUAAAUAUUUGUACAAAAUUUUGGUAUAUAAUUUCUCUCCAUAUUGGUCGAUGUAAAUGUAAACUUUGUAAAUAUUUUGUAUAUUUGUAAAAUAUAAAUGUAAUAGUUUUUAUUAUCUUUAUAUACAUGAGAAAAUAUACUUUCCUGUUGA